AAAGGCAUCACUAAUCGAUCUCCGACGCUCGCACUGCGUUCUGUACGCCGUCCUGCUCGUCACAUUCAGGCUCUGCUUGUCCUUUGCAGCAAUGGGAACUACAGUGAAACUUAACACAGGUGCUCAAAUCCCCAUCCUAGGACUGGGCACAUGGAAGUCUCCCCCCGGUAAGGUUGCAGAGGCAGUGAAAGCAGCCAUUGCAGCUGGUUACAGGCACAUCGAUGGAGCGUACAUCUACCAGAACGAGGCAGAGGUGGGCGAAGGGGUCAACGCCAUGAUCAAUGAGGGUGUGGUCAAAAGAGAAGAUGUUUUCAUUGUCAGUAAGCUUUGGUGCACAUUCCAUGAGAAGUCCCUGGUGAGGCAAGCUUGUGAGAAGACGCUCGGUGAUCUUAAACUGGACUACCUAGACCUUUAUCUUGUCCACUGGCCCAUGGGGUUUAAGUCUGGUGGUGAACUUUUUCCAUUGGAUAGUAAUGGAGAGGCAAUCAGCGAUAAUACUCAUUUCCUGGAGACAUGGGAGGCGAUGGAAGAGCUGGUCGACGCUGGUUUGGUCAAAGCUAUUGGCAUCUCCAACUUCAACAAGGAGCAGAUCGAAGCCAUUCUCAACAAGCCAGGCCUGAAGUAUAAGCCUACCAACAACCAGAUUGAGUGCCACCCGUACCUGACCCAGGAGAAACUUAUCAACUACUGCCACUCUCAGGGCAUCACCGUGACUGCUUACAGCCCUCUUGGCUCCCCUGACAGACCUUGGGCUAAGCCAGAUGACCCCUCGCUUUUGGAAGAUCCCAGCAUUAAAGCCAUCGCCGACAAGCACAAAAAGACUCCUGCUCAGGUCCUGAUCCGCUUCCACAUCCAAAGAAACGUGAUUGUGAUCCCAAAGUCCAUCACUCCACAGCGCAUUCAGGAGAAUUUCCAGGUGUUUGACUUUGAACUAACCGCGGAGGAAAUGAAGACCAUAAUGGGAUUCAAUCGGAACUGGAGAGCCUGUCCCAUGCAUUGGGGGGUAAAGCACAAGGACUACCCUUUCAAUACUGAAUUCUGAAAGGAUGCCACCCGAUUUUCCACAGGCGCACAAGUCCGCAUCCAAACUUUCUGGACUCGCUCAUUUUCCUGAAGAGUUUUUUUUUUUGUCCGGGGCAGUGUUGAUUAUAUUGGCGUAGUUUUCUUUAUCCCUUUCUUUGUUACACUCUUCUGUUUUUAUUGGGAAUUGAGGUCCGUCUUAAUUGUUAUCAUCAAUGGUAAAUAACAGGAUUUCUUUUUUUCUAAAUCUAACUUCCAACAUUUUUUAAAAAGGGGAAAAUCUCCCUUUGCUGAACUUUUUCAUUACAAAGGUCAGAGUACUUUUAUGAUAGGCCCUGUUGCAUUUAAAUACACUCCUUCAAUUUGUUACUUAGGCGGAGAGAACCAUGCCUUCAGGUUUACAGGUUUUGUUUUUUGCAAAUUUCCAAGCAUUUACCACUGAAAAACAUGUUGCAGUCCAACAGCUUGUCUUUGGAUGAUUCAUGUGUGGCACUUUGCAGUCAUGUGUAUUAACCCUGUUACGAAACAACCUCUAGCUUUCACUUCUCAUUUGGUCUGUGUAUUAAGCAGUACAAUAAAAUCAUGUGGGGUGUUAUGUCACAA